UAGUCUCUGCUUUCCCUCUUCACGCGUCUUCCCCACGACUUUGCCUCUGCCUCUACGAUCAUCUCUCUCUCAAUCUCAAUCUCUCUUUCUCUCUGUAUUUUCUGUCGCCGAACCACCAAAUUUUACACGAAAAAACGACUACAGGAAAAAUCCAAAACGCAGAACCCACAAUCGGAGACGGGAGUGAAACACAAUGCUGCGCUCGUGCUACAGGCCGCUUGAGCGCUGCUUCGGAUUGCGAUGUGGUGCUGGAGGAGGUGGCGAUGGGCUUUGGCACAUGGACUUGAAGCCCCACGCCUCCGGUGACUACUCGAUCGCUGUGGUUCAGGCCAAUUCGAAUUUGGAAGAUCAGGGUCAGGUCUUCACCUCUCCCUCUGCGACCUAUGUUGGUGUUUAUGACGGCCAUGGCGGCCCUGAAGCUUCUAGAUUCGUCAACAACCACCUCUUUCCUUAUUUACACAAAUUUGCCACGGAGCAAGGUGGGUUGUCGCCGGAUGUGAUUAAGAAGGCGUUCAGCGCCACUGAGGAUGAGUUUUUGCGUCUGGUGAAGCGAUCUUUGCCAGUGAUGCCGCAAAUUGCUUCGGUAGGGUCGUGUUGCCUUGUGGGUGCGAUAUCGGAUGAUGUUUUGUAUGUGGCCAAUCUCGGGGACUCCAGAGCAGUCCUUGGCCGGAGAGUUUCGGAGAGUAAGAGGAGUGCGGUGGUGGCAGAACGCUUGUCCACUGAUCACAAUGUAGGAGAUGAGCAGGUCAGGAAGGAGGUCGAAGCACUCCAUCCAGAUGAUGCGCAUGUGGUGGUGUAUACUCGUGGGGUUUGGAGAAUAAAGGGCAUAAUUCAGGUGUCAAGAUCUAUUGGGGAUGUUUAUCUAAAGAAGCCUGAGUUCAACAGAGACCCAAUAUACCAGCAAUUUCUGAAUCCCGUUCCUAUGAAGCGGCCAGUGAUGACAGCAGAGCCGUCAAUCAUUACUAGGAACCUUAAGCCACAGGAUUCAUUUUUGAUAUUUGCAUCAGAUGGCCUCUGGGAACAGUUGAGUGAUGAAGCAGCAGUAGAAAUUGUUUUCAAAAACCCUAGAGCUGGUAUUGCAAAGAGAUUAGUAAGGGCUGCUCUUCAUGAGGCUGCAAAGAAGAGGGAGAUGAGAUAUGAUGACAUAAAGAAAAUUGAAAAGGGAGUAAGGCGUCACUUCCAUGAUGACAUCACUGUUAUUGUAGUCUAUCUUGAUCACCAUAAAAGCUCCUCGAAGCAUAAAAUUAAGCACAGUACUCUUGGUUCUACCAGAGCACCUGUUGAUAUUUUCUCGGUUAGUGCAGAUGAUGCAGAACAGGGUCUGCAUCACAUCGUUUAGUGAACGAAAGAAAACCCUUGAAUGGUUGAUACCCUAGCAUAGUGUAGUUCAGUAGUUGAAAUAAUCAAAAAACAUGUGAAUAAGGUUAGGUUUAUUUGUUUUUUUUUUUUUGUGGAUUGGUUGGGGUAUAUUAGAUGAAUUUUAUAGCAUAGGUAUACAAGCACUUCUUAAUGCAGACUGGGAGUAAAUUUCUGCAACUGAAGGUCUUUUUUUUUUUUUUCCUUUUUUUUCCUCUUUUUUUUUUUUUUUUUUUUUUUUUUUUUUUUUUUUUUCACUUCAUGUUUUUUGGCUGGCUCAGACAGCCUGCAAACUCCAGAGAAGUUGUAGCACCAAUUUUGUGAUCUUCUUCCCCUCCCCCCAAAAUAUUCUAAUGACAGGUUCUGUUCUAUUGA